AUGGCGCAGCGCUCCGGGAAGAUCACUCUCUACGAGGGCAAGCACUUCACAGGCCGGAAGCUGGAGGUCUUCGGGGACUGUGACAACUUCCAGGACCGAGGCUUUAUGAACAGAGUAAACUCCAUCCGGGUGGAGAGUGGCGCCUGGGUCUGCUUUGAUCACCCCGAUUUCCGGGGCCAGCAGUUCAUCCUGGAGCACGGUGACUACCCUGACUUCUUCCGAUGGAACGGCCACAGUGACCACAUGGGCUCCUGCCGGCCUGUAGGAAUGCAUGGGGAGCAUUUCCGGCUAGAGAUCUUCGAGGGCUGCAACUUCACGGGCCAGUGUCUGGAGUUCCUGGAGGACUGCCCCUUCCUGCAGAGCCAGGGCUGGACCAGGAGCUGCGUCAACGCCGUCAAGGUCUACGGGGAUGGAGCAUGGGUCCUCUAUGAGGAGCCCAACUACCGUGGCCGAAUGUACGUGGUGGAGAGGGGCGACUUCCGCAGCUUCUCUGACUGGGAGGCCCACAGUGCCCGUGUGCAGUCGCUCCGCAGGGUGGUCAACUUCUUCUAGCCCUGGGGACAGGGCAGCCCCUCUCGGCCCCACCUGGGCCUCAGGAUCGCCGGCAAUAAAGGUCCUGAAAGAGGAGCGCUGAGCUGGCCUCUGCUUUCCUGGCCCCUUGCUGGCCUAGGGGCUGAAACCCAAGGGACUCGACAGACAGAGGAAGGCAUGGGGAGGCCUGCAUUAGGGCCAGAGGGGACCCUCUAGGGCAAGGAGACCAAUCCCUUAAUCUAACAUAGCCACAGGCCUCCAGUCCCAAGGAGAGACCGUGAGGCAGGUGGG